AUGAAAGGGCUGAUGCCAGCUGAGCUGCGACAGGAGCUGGAGGACACUAUCUCCUCUCUCAAGUCUCAGGUAGGAACAAGACCUGCAUGGGGCACUAUACACAGGACACACUCAGCCUAUAUCUAACUCACCAAAUUCAACUAAUCCACAUAUCAACUAACUAUCAAAAUCUUGGUUAGUUGAUUCAUGUGUUAGUGACCUAGAGUUGUUGACCCCUGAUCUAUAUGCAGUAAUACAGACAGAGGUCCCUGUACCUGGGCAAUACACUCCAUACAUCUCAACUUAUAGACCUGCUUUCCUUUUCAGUGUUUCUUCAGAUACCAACUAUGAACAGUUUUCCUUUGCUGCCAUUUUCUUAUUUUCUGCUUUCCUCCCUCUCUCUACAUAUUGAUAGAAACCAUCCGAGACUGAACCCACACACGGUCUGUUUGUUUGAUUCCUUGGCCGUGACGAGGGGGUAUCAUAUGGUGGUGUAGACCAGACAGCAGAGCCCAUAGACAUGGCUUUGGACCGGUCCACUUUGAAGCUCCCUCUCUUUCUCUAGGCUCCAUCAGAUCAGACACAAUUACACCCCGCGUUUAACCACAUUAAUACCGCCGUCAAGGGCGCCGCUCCCCACCCAGCCACCGCGGACAGUCUCCUAUUAGUUUAACUGGGCCUUGUUCGACAUGAAACUAUGGGUGCGCAGCGGGAGGGAGGGGAAUUUCUGCCCAACAUUUAGAAUGUAAACAAUAGGCCUUUCUGUGUCGGGGGGUGUGGUGGGGGGGGCUGAGGGAGAGGGGGCCCCACUAACCAACCAACAACAACAUUUGAAGGGGGCCCGCGCUUCUAAACUCAAACUGGCCCCAACGCCUGGCUGCUUUGGAUAGCUCCGGAUGGAUCUCUUUCCAGUCCUGCCGCCACAAGCCUCUGCCAACGGAUAUGUUUAUACGAUGUAAUUCACGACCAGAACGGCCUCCCUUUUCAUUGAGGAUGUCUUGGGUUUUGCACAUUACGACGCAUUAUUUUUACUGAAAGAACAGCGACUCCAUGGCAUCCGACCGCAGUUCCGUUUUUGUUUGCAUACUGAUGCUGUUACUCCUCUGAAAGCAGCAGCGCUCCAAAUGAAACGCUAAAUCUGUUCCUGAGGUUUCCAUCCAAGAGAAUGGAAUGUACCAUUGAGUUCCAGGACAGUAGUUACACAUCAGAGACUAUUAUAACCCUUUUGUUUCAGUUGAUCUAAAGAGAAGGAUUUUGAUUUGAUUUGGAACACAGUAGUAUGGACAGUGCCUAUAGAAAGUGCACACCCCCUUUCAAACUUUUCACCUUUUGUUGCCUUAUAGCCUGUAGUAAAAUGCAUUCAAAUAGUUGUUUUUCUCUAUUGAUCUACACAUCCUACCCCAUAACCUCCAUGUGAAAAAAAUAUUCUGAAUCUUUAUAGAAAAUCGAUACAAAAUAAAAACUGAAAUAGCUUGGUUGUAUAAAUCUCCACCCCUUUGUAAUAGCGAUCCUAAAUUAGCUCAGGUGUAACCAAUCACCUUCAAAAUCACACACAAGUUAAUUGGCCUCCACCUGUGUUACAUUUCAGGAUAAAUUCAGCAGUUCCUGUAGGUUCUCUCUGCUGUGCAGUGAUUUGCGAAGCAAACACUCAACCAUGAGCACCAAGGAGUUUUCAAAAGAACUCUGGGACAAAGUUGUGGAAAGGCACAGAUCGGGGGAUGGGUAUACAAAAAAGUAUUUGAAUAUCCCUUGGAGCACUGUCAAGACGAUUAUUAAGAAGUGGAAGGUGUAUGGCACCACCAAGACCCUGCCUAAAUCAGGCCGUCCCUCCAAACUGGAUGACCGAGCAAGUAGGAGACUGAUCAGAGUCCAAUGGCAACUUUGAAAGAGCUACAGGCUUUUAUGGCCAAGACUGGUCAAAGUGUGCAUGUGACAACAAUAUCCCAAGCACUCCACAAAUCUGCCAUAUAGGGUGGCAAGAAGGAAGCCAUUAUUCAAGAAAGUCCACCUGUUUUGAAAUAUGCAAAAAAAAGAUUUGGAAGAUUCUGUAGCCAUGUGGCAAAACGUUUUGUGAUCUGACGAAACAAAAAUGUAACUUUUUGGCCUAAAUGCAAAGCGUUACUUUUGGCGCAAACCCAAUAUGGCACAUCACCCAAAGAACACCGUCCCUACUGUGAAGCAUGGUGGUGGUAGCAUCAUGUUAUGGGGAUGUUUCUCUAAGGGGAAAUGAAUGGGGCAAUGUACAGAAAAGUCCUUGAGGAAAACCUGCUACCCUCUGCAAGAAAGCUGAAACUGGGAUUGAAGUUCCCCUUUUCAGCAUGACAACGACCCGAAGCACACAGCCAAAGCUACAGUGGAGUGAUGAAGGAAUAAAAAGGUAAAUGUCCUUGAGUGGCCCAGUCAGAGCCCCCACCUAAAUCCAAUUGAAAAUUGUGGCAUGACUUGAAGAUUGCUGUCCAUCAAUGCUCCCAAAGGAACUUGACAGAGAUUGAACAGUUUUGUAAAGAAGAAUGGUGAAAUAUUGCCAAAUCUAGGUGUGCAAAGUUGGUUGAGACCUAUCCCAACAGACUCAGCUGUAAUUGCUGCCAAAGGUGCUUCCACCAACUAUUAACUCAGGGGGGUGGAGACAUGUCCAAUUAUGAUAUUUCAGUUUUGUAUUUUUUAUAUAUCCUUUUUUUUUUCACUAUAGAAAAAAAUAUCCUUAAGUGUGGAGUAUGGUGUGUAGAUAUUUUUUGACAUAACAAAAUGUGAAAAAAGUUCAAGGGGGUGUAGACUUUCUAUAGGCACUGUAUGUAGUUAAGGCCUGGUACUGCCUAGUCUAACCCUUUGGAAGUUAACUCUUUCACUGUCCCCCUAAAGUAGCAGUGGACUAUCUGUACUGGCCCCAUGUCUUGUAUUCUCAUGGUUUCACAACUGUAUCAAAAUCCUAACCUCUCACCUAUAAUCUCACUCAGUCACCUUACUCCCUAGCCCCCUACUCCCCUAUGAAUUGCUCCCUUCUCCUUCAACCCCUACUCCCCCCUACUCUCCUAGGCUUGCCCCCUAUUGCCUUAACCCUUAUUCCCCUAACCUUUCCUUUCUCAACCCCUUCUCCUCUAUCGCUUUUCUAUCUCAACCCCUUCUCAAUAACACUCUACUCCUAUACCCUCUUACUGAGCCCCUACUGUGCAUUGACCCCUGACCCCCGACUGUGUGUGUUGACCCCUUACUGUGUGUUGGCUGCAGGUGAACUUCCUCCAGAAGAGAGCUUCUGUGUUACAGGAGGACCUGGAUGCCUGUCACAGCAGGAGGUAAAUGUCCUGUAACGUGACUGUGAUCGAGGCCUGGCGGUUGAAGCCUUUGAUGUCCCGUCCAUCAAUCAUGCUGUCAGAGACACUGGACGUGUUUAUGGAAAGCAUCUAUACAUACCCUGUGAUAAAGAGUGGCCAUUCAAAUAGUCUGCUACUCCCACCUGGGAUGAUGCUGCUCCUGUAUCAACAGUAUGUGAUAUUUCUUGGUGAACAUAGGCAGGGUUGGAGUCACUCAAAUUAGACCACCCAAACCCAACUCAGUCAUUUCAUUUACUACAUUGAUUUGACAGGGACAAUGCACAUCAAUCAAUAUUUCUGUAAAUGUGCCAGAUUUUGCCAGCUGGCUAGUUUCCAUCUGUAGUCCCGGGCAGGUAGUCAAAACUGAAUCUUCUCUAUCCUCUUUGGGUAAUAAAAUAGACUGUUGAGAGAUGUGAAGUUCAUGAAACAUUAUGACGUGUGCUUAAACAACCCCUCCCUUUUCUCUCCUGUCCUAAACCCCUCCCCUCUCCCAAUCCAGGUUACCAUGAACUGUUCUUCCCUUGGCCACACCCAUUAUCCGGACAUGAAGGAUAUGACGCCCUAUCAGAUGUGAGAAUCAUCGCCACAGUUACCAGGCAUCACACAUCUGUCAUGCCAUGGGAGCACCAAUCAGCUGUGCCAGUUAUGUUGACCACACCCACACUGUUGUGUCUAUCACAAUUUUUAACCACUAUGGAUUUUUACAUAUUUAUUUACUGUCAGAUUUUUUGUUCACAUUCCCUGUUAGAAAUCAAUCAUUUUUGUGGAUGUUUAAUGUACGUACUAUCCAUACAUACACUAUAUAUACAAAAUUAUGUGGACACCCCUUGAAAUCAGUAGAUUCUGCUAUUUCAGCCACAACCGUUGCUGGCAGGUGUAUAAAAUCGAGCACACCGCCAUGCAAUCUCCAUAGACAAACAUUGGCAGUAGAAUGGCCUUAGUGAUGUUCAACAAGUCAGUUUGUCAAAUGUCUGCCCUGCUAGAGCUGCCCCGGUCAACUGUAAAUGCUGUUAUUGUGAAGUGGAAAGAUCUAGGAGCAACAACUGCUCAGCCACGAAGUGGUAGGCCACACAAGCUCCCAGAAUGGGACUCUCCUCGGUUGCAACACUCACUACCGAGUUCCAAACUGCCUCUGGAAGCAACGUCAGCACAAUAAUUGUUAGUUGGGAGCUUCAUGAAAUGGGUUUACAUGGUCGAGCAGCCACACACAAACCUAAGAUCACCAUGCGCAAUGCCAAGCGUCGGCUGGAGUGGUGUAAAGCUCGCCACCAUCUUGCAGUCCGACGGACGAAUUUGGUUUGGCGGAUGCCAGAAGAAUGCUACCUGCUCCAAUGCAUAGUGCCAACUGUAAAGUUUGGUGGAGGAAGAAUAAUGGUCUGGGGCUGUUGUUCAUGGUUCAGGCUCCUUAGUUCCAGUGAAGUGAAAUCUUAUCUUAGUGCUACAGCAUACAUUCUAGACAAUUCUGUGCUUCCAACUUUGUGGCAACAGUUUGGUGAAGACCCUUUCCUGUUUCAGCAUGACAAUGCCCCCAUGCACAAAGCGAGGUCCAUACAGAAAUGGUUUGUCGAGAUCGGUGUGGAAGAACUUGACAGGCCUGCACAGAGCUCUGACCUCAACCCCAUCGAACACCUUUGGGAUGAAUUGGAAUGCUGACUGCGAGCCAGGCCUAAUCGCCCAACAUCAAUCAAUGCCCGACCUCACUAAUGCUGUUGUGGCUGAAUGGAAGCAAGUCCCCGCAGCAAAGUUCCAACAGCUAGUGGAAAGCCUUCCCAGAAGACUGGAGGCUGUUGUAGCAACAAAGGGAGGACCAACUCCAUAUUAAUUCCCAUGAUUUUGGAAUGAGAUGUUUGACAAGCAGGUGUCCACAUACUUUUGGUCAUGUAGUGUAUGUUGUUUUUUUGUGAUUCCAUAUGACAUGCUUCAAAAUCAAGUUUGAUACUGAAUGUACAUACCGAAUGCAUUGUUUUAUUAAAGUACUUUUUUCAUCAUAUUAAUUUGUUUGAUUUCAAUUGACACAUAAUUUCUCAUCUUAAAACAGUGUUUGAUCCCAUAUUUAAUAAAAAUAUUGUAUUAUUUUUGAGUUGACACAUAACCUCAGCUUGCGACCAAGUGAGAUCUACUCUUUACGACCAAGCCAGAGACCUUGAAUCUUCAUUGCUCCCAUUGGAGCAUGGCGGACAUUUUCUAUUCUAAACAGUAGUUCUGUUGUAUUGGGGGUUUGUGGUUGGUGCAGAUAGACCUCUGGUAGUAUUGGUAGAACAUCCAGCCAAACAGAACAGUAGUUUAGUACUGUUUCUGAUUUCACAGUAGCAUGACAUGACUCUGGCUGAUACCAUUGUCACCACUGGAAACCAUGAUCUCCUCAGACGUUCCUGUCCAUUAAAUGGCUGCCAUUUGUGGCAUUGCUGUAUUUAAGCAGUCUCACCUAGUCAAAUAAAAUAACAAUGGUUUUGAAUAACAUGAAAACAACUAGCACUAUUACUACUUUUUCAAACUCCCGUCACAAGUAGAUGCUUUGAGAUUUAAGAAUAAGGAUUGUGCAAGCGCAAUAUUUUGUGAACAGACACAGCGUAAACAUUGCUACUGCAUAGUGGGUUUGAUUGAUUUCCAGGCCAAGUCUCAGAUGCCUGCGGAGCGAGGCUGGUAAGGAUGAUAACCUGUGUGUGUGUGUGUGUGUGUGUGUGUGUUUAGGGAGAGGCCAGUGUAGGUUACCACUCUUAUUACAUAUCAUAUUAUGCUGGUCAAGGAGGAAUGCAUUGGUUUCAAUGCUGGCCGGUUCAAGGGAAUCCUCAUUUCCUGGAAGAAGACGGGUUAGGUUUGAGGCAUUAUUAUGAUGUUCCAAAACAGAAGAUUUGAUUUCAAACAAGCCCUGCGUCCCCAUUUGCAUUGGAAUUGCUUUUCUUGUACGCGUGCUGUUGCGCACUUCCUCAAAAUUUCCAUUGUCCAUGACCUGCUCUGCGGUUUCCAAGUGUAACACUACACCACUCCGUAUUUAUUUUAUGUGCUGAUUCUGCUGCCUGGGCAGAGAGAGACUUUCAGACCGAAAGGAACAGGAAUUUAGUCUUUGGGCACCAAGCCUUUGUAGAUCUGUUGUUUGUGGAAGGAGGGCACGGGGGACUCUCAUUCCACAACCUUUGCAUCCUAAGACAGUGGUUCCCAACCAGGGGUACUAGGACCGCUGGGGGGUACUUGGCCUGUCCACAGGGGGUACUUGAGAAGACUCAUGAGACCAUUGGCUUACUGGUAAAAUGCACAUGAGGGGUACUCCAGGCAGAGCAAAAUUCAGUUGGUGUAGAGUAACCGAAAAAGGUUGGGAACCACUGUCCUAAGAGAACGUGUGUGACCCUUCUGUAUGAGAUGUGCUAGCAGAGAAGGUGGGGUUAAUGGGUGGUUGGAGGUUAGGGGUGUGUUUGUGGGAAGAGUGGAGUCAAUGGUUUUGGAUGUGAAGGUGUGUGUGUGUGUGUUUGGGUUGUCUGAAUGAGCUCAGCUUUAGGGUGUGUGUGUGUUGAUAACUCAGGCUUUGCAUGAGGCACAGGCUGGAGCAUUGGAGCUAAAGGUCAGAGGAGGAAGUGACCGUCUGUACUUCCUGUUCUCCUGUUGGAGGCGUGGCCCGAUUAGCUCAUUUACAUUUAGGAUGCAUCUCAAUAGUCUAAAGUAACUUUGAUCUACAUUGAUGUGAAUGGACUAGACAGGUGUCAAAUUACUGAUAGACAUUCCACCAUAUUAUCUUAUGUCAUACUGUGUUCCAACAAGUCACUUCAGACUGUUGAGAUGCCAAGAAUGUACUCCUUUAUAUCUAUCUGUACAUAAAAGAACUGAGAGAACCUUUAUGACACUUCUUCCACACAGCCAACCCAACUGCAUAGAUGAAAGGUCUUCCUCCUUUCCUCCCUCCUCCUCUCUGUGUUAUCUCCCCAUCAGAGACAGAGGGAGUGCCGACACCGUGACAUCAUAAAAGGGAGACAGGCAUGUUCCACUGUCCCAGAGUUCCGUAUCCCUCCGCAUGGUGGCACAGAACCGAAGCACACCCAGGCAAUCCCAAAGAAAGUGUGUGCUGGGGAUUUGUUAGUUCCAAAUCCAUGAAGCACAAGGGUAUUGAGUGAUGUGCAAUUUCUGUUUUGGGAUAUGGUCUCUGGGAUGGAGAAAGGUCAUAGGGGUACUGUUUAGGGAAUUGCAAGGUGAUUUGAGGUUGAGUUGUCUUGCUGUCCUGCUAGUAUAGUUUGUGGGUUAUGCAUGGUGAUGUGUGGAAGUCUGCUGUCUCUGCUCUCUCUUCUUCUGUAUUGACACCUCUGAUUGACUGUGUUUGUGUACACGUGUGCGUGUGUGUGUGUACGACUGUGUGUGUGUGUGUGUGUGUACGACUGUGUGUGUGGUGUGUGUACAACUAUGUGUGUGUGUUAACACGCUAGUAAAGUCAGUGGAUCUUUUUAUAGAGUUGUUUUCUGACUUAGUCCCCGGGAGACCUGUGUUUGGCUGCACCACUCUACACAAACUGCCUGCAUAAAUAACCCUGUUUAUCACUACAGCAUCUCCUCUCACACACACAAACACACACACACACACACACACAGCAGCGUCUCCUCACUCUUUAUCUCCUCACUAUUUAUUUAUUCUGUGUUUCCCGUCAUGUUUUUUCUCUACUCCAUUUCUAGAGGUUGAUAUGGCGCUGAUUGCUGAUGUUGAUGGCAAACAGUGUUGCUCGUUUUUUCCAGGCCGUCACUCAACUCCUGAGUGGUCCCUGAGUUGCAGUGAUGCUGAUACGGUAACCGCCUGAGAGGCCCACACACACACACAUACACACGAGGCCGGGGAUGGCUGUUAGACACUGGGAUAGAUAGCAGCUAGCUGGGGUGUCUGAGUGACAUGGGAUCAAUGGGCUCAGUUCAUUUGUGUGAUUGCAGGAUGGAGUUUUGUCAGGGCUGAUAGUGUGAGGUGAAGUGAGGCCCAGAACGGAACACUGUGCAGGGCGCUAGUAUAGUUCCUCUCUACUCCACUCUAUUCCACUCAACUCCACCAGGCCAGACCUGCACAGAAAGGUCUGGUUCCAGUCAAGUCUUGGAUUGAGAUGUCUGAUUAUCAGUCGCUUAUGCUUGUACAGAUCUGUCUGUCUCUCUGUCGGUCUCUCUCUUUUCUUUCUCUCUGUAUCUCUCUUUCUCCCUCUCUGUACCUAUCGCUGUCUGUCUCUAUCUCUCUCUUCCUCCCUCCUCCCUCCUCCCUCUGUCUGUCUUACCCUCCAGCAUUACACUUGGUAUGAACUUAAAAUGUACCUCAACACACUCAUCAUAUAUUUAUAGACACACCACAUUUUUAUCAGCCCAGACAGUCUACGACUAGGCAUGGCUAAUACAUGUUUUAAAGGAGUCAUUAAUUUGUGUAAUAAUGCUAUGAAAUACCUUAGCUAGUAUUAUACUGAAUAUGAGAGUAUGGGUAUAGAAGUCUAGGCCUAGUAUGAGACUUUAAACUAAACCCUUGGUGGCCUGUCCCCUCUCAACCUUCAGGCCAUAAAACUAAACCCUUGGUGGCCUGUCGCUCUCAACCUUCAGGCCGUUAAACUAAACCCUUGGUGACCUGUCCCCUCUCAACCUUCAGGCUGUUAAACUAAACCUUUGGUGGCCUGUCCCCUCUCAACCUUGUGGUCCUCUGUAGCUCAGCUGGUAUGCACGCAUGACUGUAAGUCGCUUUGGAUAAAAGCGUCUGCUAAAUGGCAUAUUAUUAUUAUUAUUAUUAUUAUAACCUUCAGGCCAUAAAACUAAACCCUUGGUGGCCUGUCCCCUCUCAACCUUCAGGCUGUUAAACUAAACCCUUUGUGGCCUGUCCCCUCUCAACCUUCAGGCCAUUAAACUAAAGCCUUUGUGGCCUGUUCCCUGUCAACCUUCAGGCCAUUAAACUAAAGCCUUUGUGGCCUGUUCCCUGUCAACCUUCAGGCCAUUAAACUAAAGCCUUUGUGGCCUGUUCCCUGUCAACCUUCAGGUUGUGUUUCCACAUCAGACUAUGGUCCACCAUCACCAUGGUGAUAAUCCUGACCACAGUAGUGGAGAAACAGGAAGCAGAA